AUAAAUAUUGAUGUGAAACAAGUUAUGAAUUUGAUCGCUACAGUCGUUAAAGUGAAUUUCUUUCGACCGGUUCUUUAUAGCAGAGGCAGCAAAUAUCGUUGUAAAUUUCAACUCCUUAUCGACUUGAUGACGAGUUGUAUUCAGUAUGGAGGAAAAGAAGGAAUAUUUUGAAAAUAUAUCUCGAAUACUAGAUCGAGCUUUGAAGGUGAACAAUAAAACUGAGGAGGAUUUGAAGGAAAAUAUUAUGAUAGUGAAAAAAUGGGUGAAAACACAACCACACUUACCGGAAAUGCCAGAUGACCACACGAUUACAAGUUUCCUGAUAAUGAAUAAGUUCAGCGUUGAAAACGUCAAGCAGAAAAUAGGCAUGUACUACACUAUGAGAUCUUUGUAUCCAGAUUAUUUCGAAAACAAGCAUCCUUUGUCUCCUUGCAUGCAACAUACCAUGGAUAAAAUAGCGAGAGACAACAACAUCAUCCCCAGAAGUUUUCUGCUGAAAUCUCCAAUCCCAGGAGAGAGAGCUAAACGCAUAUUGGAACGUGCCAGGCGAGUACUGAUAAGAUCCCAAAUCAAUUAUCACCGUUGGAAGAGGUCAACUUUGAUGCAGGAUGUCACGGAACGAUUUGAAGAAAUAAGAAGAGAAACAUUGGAAGAUUAUCAUGGAAAAAUCUUUGCCAAGAUUGAAAAAUCAUUCACAACGAAAUUUUUAGGUGGUGAAUUUUGUUUUCAGAAAGUAUUCAACAAUAAUAUCAAACAAAUACAUCUACUGAAUUAUCCACCAUUUGCUGAACCCGUUUUAAAUCUAACAAAGAAACUUUUGAAUCCUAAGAUCGCCCAAAGGAUCACUCUUCAUAAAUCAACUGAUACUAUAAAGGAUUAUAUUUCAAAGGACAUUCUGCCUAAGGACUAUGGUGGCACUGGUCCCUCAUUGAGAGAAUAUAGUGAAAUAUGGAAGCAAAAAUUCACAGAAUACAAAGGAAGGUUCGAUACUCUAGAUACACUGCGAGUAAAUGAAAAGCUCAGGCCCUCUCCUCUUAUAAAUGAUGAAGUUUUAGGAUACUACGGACAUUUUAAGAAAGUUGAUAUAGACUAAACAUAUAAUAUAAGCUGGGACAUGAACCAUAUUCAUUUGGUUUCAAAAUUUUGGAAUUUGUCUUUAAGAAAAUAAUGCCUUUGAAAUGGUGAAUUCAAAUAAAAACAAAAUUUUGAAUAA